CGCUACAUUACCGAGCGCUGCCCUGAGGGCAUAGUGCUCUUCCUCUUCCAGUCGCUGCUGGGCUCCAUCGUCGAUGCGUUCCUCAUCGGCUGCAUGUUCAUCAAGAUGUCCCAGCCCAAGAAGCGAGCCGAGACCCUCAUGUUCAGCCGUGCUGCGGUUGUCUCACAGCGGGAUGGCAAGCUCUGCCUCAUGUUCCGUGUCGGCAACCUCCGCAACAGCCACAUGGUGUCUGCCCAGAUCCGCUGCAAGCUGAUCAAGUCCCGACAGACACCUGAGGGAGAAUUUCUGCCGCUAGACCAGUGUGAACUGGAUGUUGGAUUUGGAACUGGAGCUGACCAGCUGUUUUUAGUUUCCCCAUUAACCAUCUGUCACGAAAUUAACUCAAAGAGCCCCUUUUUUUGUCUCUCACAAAGAUCACUAAGAAGCGAGCAAUUUGAAAUAGUUGUCAUCCUUGAAGGAAUCGUUGAAACUACUGGAAUGACGUGUCAAGCUAGGACCUCUUAUACAGAAGAUGAAGUUCUUUGGGGUCACAGAUUCCUCCCGGUAAUGUCCCUAGAAGAUGGCUUUUUCCGUGUCGAUUAUUCUCAGUUUCAUGCUACGUUUGAAGUCCCCACGCCUCCUUACAGUGUUAAAGAGCAAGAAGAAAACCUGUCCCUAUCAUCUCCUUUGAAUAGUCCCGUCGAUAACAACAAAACCAGAAGAGAACAGGUUUGUUCACUUGACUGUAUUGAUAUUGCAGGAGAGAAAAACAAGCUCCCUUUUAAACUUCAGAAGAUUAGCUCGAGAAAGGAAAACCUUCCAAGAAGAGCCCUGCGAAUGAGCUCCAGUAACACAGAGAAGACUUGCAGUACCGGAGAUCUCUUGAAAAUUCAAGAAAUAAGUCCCAUCUCUGAUGGUGAAGACAGCGAUGAUAGGAUACAGCUGAAAGCCUUCAAAUUAAAUGCUGAGGCUUUGACUCAGUCUACCGGUGAUCUGGAGUUACAGAAGAACCCUCCAAGCAUGUGCGCUCUAGAGAUGAAAUUGGAAGAUAAUUUUCCUGCCAAACUUCGAAAAAUGAACUCUGAUGGCCUCUCUUAAGAGCAGAAGCAACAGGAGUUGUUGCUGAUAAACUGCAUUUGAGACUGCUGACCUGAAAGAGUUGUCUUACACCUAAAGUCAUAAUUUGGUUUUGCCACUUUCAGGAAGAAUGAUCCUUUUUGUAUAAUUGUUCUGUACAGAUCCAACCUAGGUAG